CCGUUCCGAUUAUUUCCGCCUAUUGCGCAAUCCCUAGUGAUUGUUGCUAUGCCUCACAAGCCAGCAUCCAAAAUGGCGGCCGUACCUGUUUCAUCAACAACAACCGACUCGCUAGAAGAUGUACCCGAUAAUAUAUCUAUUAGUUUUCUACCUAAUCAUAGAAGUCUUAUGGAAAGGAUUAUAAAAAGAGGUUUAAAUUACUAUCUACAAGGCUAUGUCCAUCAAAUUAGGGUUCAUAUUGACGAUAAACCCAAGGUAAAGGUUGUUGCUCGGUGUUGGAGAUCUAUGAGGAAAAACGAAAAGCCGCACACGCUACACAUUGAGAUUCUUAAAGAUACUAUAACAGAGUCGUACUGCUCUUGUAAGGUUGGAUUAACAGGCCACUGUUCCCACAUUAUUGGUCUAGUAAAAACCCUUCAAGGACUGAAACUACACAACAUCAGUAAUGUACCUGACCAGUUGAGCUGUACAAGUGUGCCCCAACAAUGGCAUGUUCCAAGAGGAGAGAAAAUAGAGCCUGUCCCACUUAACCAUGUUGUGGUGGCCAAAGCUUGUGAGACAAGGAAGAGAAAACCAGUUUUUUGCCAAGUUGACACUCAGUACAAGCUUCCAGAGGUUACCAGCAAAGAUAUAGAGCAGUUAAAAGGGGCCAAAGGCACACCUCUUGAAUACCUUCUCUCAUCAAAGAGGCCAUUAGUUACAACAGAUCUUGGUCAAGUUCAGCUUGGUUCAUUUCUGUCAUAUCAGACAAGAAAUUUGAAGUCACUGAUUCCUGUAACAACAAAUGGCUGUGGUAACCUCUGUGUCACAAACUCAUCACCAAUUAGACUUCCUGAAAAGUUUCAGCACUUGAUAAGUCAUUAUACAAUAACAGAUCCACAGACAUUAGAGCAAUGUACAAGAAACCAGGCAAUGUCUGAAAAAUGGCAUCAAGCUAGACAAAACAGGCUUACAGCAUCAAACUUUGGUGAAAUCAUGUUAAGGAAAUCUCCCCCUAAUGAAAAAUUACUGUCACGUUUAUUUUCUACCGGUAAAGAUAUUCAUGCCCCAUCUAUAUCUUAUGGGAAAAGAAAUGAGAGCAAAGCCAAGUCUAAAUAUCUAGCUCAGUUUCCAGGAAGACACAUUCAUGAAUGUGGUUUUGUUGUAAAUAAUGAGUUUCCAUUUUUGGGUGCAACCCCAGAUGGAAAACUCUGUGAUAAUGGAAAAGUAGGGAUUAUAGAAAUAAAAUGUCCCUAUAGUGCCAGAGACUUGACUGUUGCUGAUGCUUGCUGCCAAUUAAAUAAUUUCUUUUUACACACUGAUCAGAAUGGCCAGGUUGUACUGAAAUCAAAUCAUGCAUACUAUGCCCAGGUUCAAGGGCAGCUCAUGAUUACAGGUAGUUCAUUCUGUGAUUUCAUUGUAUAUUGUCCAAAUGAGUCUGACUUGUUUGUUCAGCGUGUUGAACCAGAUGUUCAAUUUAUGACAAAUAUGCUAAAUGUAUUAGCCAGUUUUUUUGAACAGUAUGCUCAUCCUUUCUUACAUUGCAGUAAUGGAAAUGUAUAGUUUCAAACUAUAUUUAAAUUGUGUAUGACAUAUUACAGGUUAUAUGACCAUG